AUGGCGAGACCGAAGAUACCAAAGGACCUGGCACGUCUUCCUAAGAGCAGACCUAAGGGUGACGUCAACUUUCAUCCCUUCGAGAGACUGGACGAAGCUUCGCUCCGCCAGGUUCGAAAGUUCCGCAUACACCCCUUCGGGAAUAUACAGGACUAUUCCCGACACAUCCCCUACAACAGCGGGAAGAAGGAUUUCUACGAGAAGACGGGUCGAGAAAGCUUUGAAGUUUUUCACUAUGAGUUUAAGGUACCGGGAGACGAUACCGAGUAUACUGUUAUGUGGGAUUAUAACGUCGGUCUCGUCCGUAUGACUCCUUUCUUCAAGUGCUGCAAAUACCCAAAGACAACUCCGGCCAAGAUGCUGAACUUGAAUCCCGGACUCAAGGAUAUCACACAUAGCAUCACCGGGGGUGCUAUCAUGGCUCAGGGAUACUGGAUGCCAUACCAGUGUGCCAAAGCCGUGUGCGCGACCUUCUGUCACAAUAUCGCAGGGGCCCUGAUACCUAUAUUCGGUCCUGACUUCCCCUCGCUCUGCACCCACUCGGACGCUCCCGAAUAUAGCCGCAUGAUCAUUGAUCGUGCAAUCGUAGUCCAGGCUACGAGGGAGGCCGAGAACUUCCGCAGAUUCUACAGCAACCCUGUGACCUCCUCCCCCUUUGCUGGGGGGAGUUCUAGCCCGACGACGAUAGAUAGACGCGCCGUGCGCCGUAGCCCCUACGACGGCCACCCCAAAUCGCUCCCUCCUCAUCCUCAAUCUCACACACACCACCACCACCACCACAGCCAUACUCGCCAUACUCACCGCCAUCCUAGUACCCGGAAGACCUUCUUCCAGGGAACCAACCGUGAUAGCCCAUAUAAAACAAUGGGUGACGUGGAUGGAGGCGACCUGUCGCCCGUAGUACCGCCCCAACGCAGCAAUAUGGGGACACGGACCGAGCGCUUCAAUCCCUACUCGCCGAUUCCUCCUCCUCCUCCUCCCUCCUCCGCUUCGUCUUUACGACCCGCCAUAACUGGCGGCGGCUGGACACCGGCGAAUGUUGUGCUACCACCCCCUCCACGCCAUCAUUACCAUCAGCAGCACCACCACCACCACAGCUCGUAUGACCCGCCCGCGCCGAGCCCCUGGCUGAGUGCCGUCCCGCGCUUCACCACCACCGCCCACCUGCCGCUCUAUCAGCCGUCUCAACCGCAGCCGACAACGCCGCACCAUCAGCAGCCACAGUCGCAGCCACAGCUGUGUAUAGGCGGCAAGCGAUCAGCCGACCACGUCGAAGCCGACAACGAGCGCGGCGAGGACUGCGACGGCACCGGGGCGCGUAGACGACCCGCGGAAAGAGAGGGGCCGGAGGCCAACCGGAGGGCUUGGACAGCCAUGGCGACGAGGAAAAGCAAUACGGAAGCGGAGGAGACUACGGCAGCGUCGGACGCCUCUCGUCAGCGGAGAGGCGGCGGCGGCGAAAGCAGGAGCGACAGCAGCAAGCAACCGCCGCCGCGGCCGAUUCUCGGGGGCGCGGACAAGAAUGCGGCGCUGCUGCUGAUGAACCUCAGCGUCGGCGACGCGCCGGCGCCGGCGCCAGCGACCAGGGGCGAAGCAAGGACGGCGCACGGAGGGGGACCCGGGGCCGGCGGCGGUGUCGCGGCCGCGUCCGAGACGAACCCUGCGUGCCACGACGGCGCGUGCCCGCGUAUCAAGAGGAUCCGGUCGAACUCGAUGUAGCCCCCGCGGUAUACUUCGGCAGGCAUGUCGUCUGUACCGCGCAUCCGUGCGGCGUGGCGAGUUGUCGGCCGAGCCAUGAAAAAUGUGGGUGAGGUGGCGGACUGGGGGAAAGGGGGUGGGAGGAGGAGAAAGGACACAAGGAGAAUAAGGGAUCGCCACUUAGCUGCCUGCCUACUGGCGUGCCUAGUUAUCAUCCUACCAAAUCCUUGCUAUGAGCAGUACUACUUGGCUAGCGGGUUACGUCCUCUUCGCUGCGGGUUAGGCCGGAUUGCAUAAUGCCUAGAUACAGGUCCGGUCUGGAUGCGGGGAGGAGAGGCAAGAGA